AUGAAGGCGGCCGACAUGAUCACGGCGUUGCCCGGGCAGCCGGAGGGCGUUGACUUCAACCAGUACGGCGGGUACGUGACCGUCGACGAGGAGAACGGCCGCGCGCUCUUCUACUACCUCGUCGAAUCGCCCUCUGGUGCCUCGGACAAGCCACUCGUGCUGUGGCUCAACGGAGGGCCAGGAUGCUCGUCGCUAGGCUACGGGGCAAUGCAGGAGCUCGGCCCCUUCCGUGUGACCGAGGACAACAAAACCCUCAGCAGAAACAUGAACGCCUGGAACAACGUGGCUAACGUGAUCUUCCUCGAGUCACCGGCUGGUGUGGGAUUCUCUUAUUCAAACACGACUGCGGACUACGAUCUCAGUGGAGACGAGAGAACCGCCGACGACGCCUACGUCUUUCUGGUGAAAUGGCUGGAGAGGUUCCCCGAGUACAAGGGCCGCGUCUUCUACAUCUCCGGGGAGAGCUUCGCCGGCCACUACGUGCCGGAGCUCGCCGCCACCAUCCUGCUCCACAACACAUACAACAACAGAACGAUCAUAAACCUUCAGGGCAUCCUGGUUGGAAAUCCGUACCUUGAUGCCAACAGGAACAUUAAGGGGGCGAUCAACUACUACUGGACCCAUGCGGUGAUGUCCGACGAGGUCUACGCCAAUAUCACCAAGAACUGCGACUUCGACAGCGUGGAUGGUACGUUUACGAACGCCGCAUGCAAUGGCGCCGUUGACGGGUUCAGCGCUGGCAACAUCGAUGGCUACGACAUAUACGCUCCAGUUUGCAUUGACGAGCCCAAUGGAGGGUACCACCCCAGUGGCUACUUACCUGGGUAUGAUCCCUGCAGUGAUUAUCCUACUCAUGCCUACCUCAAUGAUCCAGCGGUGCAGAUGGCUUUCCACGCUAGAAUGACCAAGUGGACAGGGUGCACAAACUUGAACUGGAAAGAUGCGCCAAUGUCUAUGCUGCCAACCAUCAAAUGGUUGAUCGAAAGCAAGCUUUCGAUUUGGAUAUUCAGUGGUGAUUUUGAUACUGUGUGCUCGCUUCCGGGGACGAGGUAUUCCAUCCAGGACCUUGGCCUCUCUGUGACCACCCCAUGGCGUCCAUGGACAGCGAAGGAGGAGGUGGGAGGCUAUGUUCAGCAGUACGCGGGGGGAUUCACAUUCCUCUCCGUGAGGGGAGCUGGCCAUCUGGUUCCAUCCUUCCAACCUGAGAGGGCAUUGGUGAUGUUGAGCUCCUUCCUGAAUGGGAUGCUCCCACCUUACGUAGAGCAGCAGUGA